AUGAUGAUGAGUAGUAGUACUACAAGCAAUAUUGUUGAAGACGAAACAAUGACUGAAUCUGAUAAUCGUAAAAGUUUUCUUAUAUCAAGUCUUUUAUCUGCAGCAUCAUCAGCUGAAUCAAUGCUUGAAACUGAAGAAGAUGAUGAUGAUGAAGAAAAUGAUAUUGAUAAUGAUGAAAUGGUUAAAGAUAUUGAACAUGAUGAAGAUCAUAAUGAAAAACUUCAAAAUGAUUCAACACAAAUUCUACAUCGAGCUUUCCCUAAAAUAUCUCCAUCAUCCAUGAUAUUUCCACGUUUAAUGUCUUCAAAUGAUUUUUCAUAUCUUUAUUAUCUUAGUUAUCAUUAUUUUGCUAUGCAAUUAUCAAAAAAUGGUCAAAUACCACCAUCACCAUUACCUUUAACAAAUCCAUCACUUGUUGAUACAAAUAUAAAUUCAAUAAAAAAACCUUUAAAAUCAUCUUAUCCAUUAACUCCAACAUCAUCAUCAUGUUCAUCAUCACCACCAUCACCAAAUCUAAUAACCGCAACAGCAACAACAACAACAACAACAAUACCAACAACAACAUCAACGACAACAACAAUUCUAAAUUCAAAUACAACAACUAAUUCACGUUAUCAAUGUGACGGUUGUUCAAAAUCUUAUUCAACAUUUGGUGGUCUUUCAAAACAUAAACAAUUUCAUUGUAUUGCACAAAUUAAAAAACAAUUUCAAUGUAAAUUUUGUGAAAAAACAUAUAAUUCAUUAGGUGCACUUAAAAUGCAUAUACGUACACAUACUUUACCAUGUAAAUGUAAAAUUUGUGGUAAAGCAUUUUCACGUCCAUGGCUUUUACAAGGACAUGUACGUACACAUACAGGAGAAAAACCAUUUCAAUGUGAAAUAUGUUGUCGAGCAUUUGCGGAUAGAUCGAAUUUACGUGCACAUAUGCAAACACAUUCGGAUAUUAAAAAAUACCGGUGUACAAAAUGUUCAAAAACAUUUUCACGUAUGUCAUUACUUAAUAAACAUACGGAAAAUUGCUUACAACAACAACAACAACAACAACAUGUAACGACUGCAACAAUUCAUUCUUCAACUGAUGAUUGUACCAGUACAACAACGAUUGUGCCUGCUGCAUUUUCGCUUUGA